CAACACAAACAACCAUAAACAGUUGGGAAUAUUAUCAUAAUAACGAGAGAUAGCGUCGAAUUCUCCGUAUCUUUUUAUUUACAUCAAGGACAAAUCUAUUUGAGAAUAUUUGUGAGGCUCCUGAAGAGUGAACUACAAUCAUGCCGAGCGCCGGGGCUGUCUGUCCCCCUAUGAUAGCUCCACUCAGAAAAGCUAUACCAGGCCUGACUGGAAAUAAAAUUGACACAUCAACCUUGAUUGAAUUAUGUACAGAAACGACAGAAUGUAAGAUAUUUUUCACCUCAGAUGGUACAAAGCCAAACCCGUUCCAGCGCAAGGUUGCUGGGCGAGAGGUGACCUUCAAAUACAUCGGACCCUUUACCCUAAAACCUGGCAAGAGGGUAAUCAAGACCAUCGCUGUAGCAAGAGAUGGAUUGCGUGAGAGUGAUGUUAUGUCCAAGCAGUUUCACGUGGAGGACAUUGGCCGACUAACACAGCACCUCACGGAGGACACCACGACGACAGACGACAACUCAGGGUUCUUCGACACAUCAGACCAGGAUAGCGAUUCGACAAUAAAACCCAAAACUAAGAAGAAGAAAAUUCCUAAAAAGAGCAAGUCUCCAGUCCGUACGAAGUCUCCACUGCGUAAAUCCCUUACGAAAGCCCCUAGAGAGGCGUGGGCCAGUGAAGCGGUUCUGUCUGAUACGCUUGGUUUAGCAUCUGAUGGGUCAUACCCUUCACCACAAAUUCCUGACGGUCCCUUUAAUCCUACAAACUAUUCUGGGACCCAGAUCAAUGUGUGGGGAGGGGCAAUACCCACACAGAUCCCUGGGGUGGGGCCAAGUGUUCCCCCACCCCCUUAUCCAACACAGUAUGGAUACCUAACAGAAAGCAUGAUUAAUACCUGUAACCCUGACGCUAAAUAUGUGACAGUUGGAGAUAUAAGGAAAAUGAUGGGCAACAAAAAGCCCCCUCUCGAGCCCCCUAAACCUGUAGAGGCUCCUCCGCCCCAAAAACCAGCGAUUGAGUAUCCUAUGUAUCAAGACCCAGCCCUGAAUGCUGUCAGUCCUGGCAAAGGUGAUUUUAAAGAUAACAUCAUGCACAUUUACGCACACAUGUUGGAAUACGCCAAAAACACCAAAGAGUUCCGACUGAGAGUUUCUGAACCAAAAAUGGGAAAGAUGCACGAAGCCAAGUUUGAAGAUGAAGGAGAUGGCUACAAAAUUACGGUCGUCAUGGCGAAACCAGGAAUUCCACGAGGCUCGGUGAGAAAGCAACCGAAGAUUGAGACCUUCAAGAAACCUCCUCCAGUGGAGAAAACUAACGGUAAACCAAAGAAAAAGGAGAAAGAAAAACCACCACCACCUAAAUCUGAUCCCUUCUUUGCCAUGGAAACGGAAGACCUACAGACUGAAGGUACUGUGAAGCCUUACGAUAAGUUCAAUGCAGAGCAGGACGCCGAAGUGCUGAGAAAUGCCAUGAAAGGACUUGGAACUGACGAAGAGGCAAUAACCAAUGUGCUCCCUUAUAGAUCUAAUCCACAACGUCAGGAAAUCCGGUCCACAUUCAAAACCAUGUUCGGCAAAGACUUGAUUGAGGAUUUAAAGAGUGAAUUGAGUGGCCAUUAUCUAGACACGUGUAAGUCCUUACUGAUGGCCCCCGCAGAGUAUGACGCCUACCAACUACACAAAGCCAUCAAGGGACUAGGUACAGACGAAGAUGUCCUGAUUGAAAUUCUCUGUACACGAUCUAACGCCCAAAUCAAAAUGAUAAAAGAAAUGUAUAAAUCAAAAUAUAACAAGGAACUAGAAAAGGACAUCAUUGGUGACACGUCUGGAAAUCUGAAGCGUCUUCUGGUGUCACAGGUCCAGGGAAAUCGAAGUGAAAGCAAGGAGGUUGAUCGCAACAAAGCCAAACAGGACGCCAAGGCUCUGUACGAGGCAGGCGAGAAGAAAUGGGGAACAGACGAGUCCCGCUUCAACGUGAUCCUGGUGUCACGCAGCUACCCCCAACUACGCGCAACGUUCGAUGAAUAUGACAAGCUGUCCAAAAAGGACUUCGAGGAGGUGCUCAAGAGUGAGAUGUCGGGAGAUUUGCUCAGUGGCAUGAAGACUAUCGUACGAUGCGUGAGAAACAAGGCGGGUCACUUUGCUCGUCAGCUGCAGAAAACGAUGAAAGGAAUUGGCACUGAUGAUGAUACUUUGGUGCGGGUGGUGGUCAGUCGGUGUGAGAUUGACAUGGUCCAGAUCAAGGAAGAGUUUGAAAAACUAGCUGGUCAAACGCUUCAACAGUAUAUAGCUGAUGACCUGAGCUCCGAUUAUCGUGAUGUCAUCCUGUCUCUAGUCAUGGGAGGACCUCCCCCAGACAGGGCCACAAAAUCUGGCAAGGGCUUUGUGGAGGCUGUGAAAUACAAGACAGAAGAAGAAUUAGAUGAACAAGUACGGAUGGAGACGGAAAACAUCCAGGAGGAUCCUACCCUUAAACCCGCGGAGAAUUUCAAUGCUGAAAAUGAUGCUGAAGUAUUAAAGAAGGCUAUGAAAGGAUUUGGUACUGAUGAAAAGUCUAUCAUCAAUGUACUGGGAUUCAGAUCUAACGAACAGAGGAUGGAGGUUGUAAAGACAUUCAAAACCAUGUUUGGGAAGGACCUGAUCAAGGAACUUGACGGUGAGCUCAGUGGAGGACUAAAGGUACUGUGUCACGGUCUGUGUAUGACCAGCCCAGACUUUGAUGCCAUGAACCUAAAUAAGGCUAUCAAGGGCCUCGGCACAGAUGAGCAAGUGCUUGUGGAAAUUAUCUGUACUCGGUCUAACGCACAGAUCACGGCCUUCAAGGCGUCUUACAAAACUAUGUAUAGCAAGGAAUUGGAGACGGACGUCGCUGGCGACACAUCAGGAAACUUCAAACGCCUGCUGAUAAGCUGUCUCCAGGCAAACCGUGACGAGAGCAAGGAGUUUGACCGCAACAAGGCCAAGCAAGAUGCACAGGCCUUACACGAAGCUGGUGAGAAGAAAUGGGGGACAGACGAGUCCCGAUUCAACGUGAUCCUUGUCUCCCGCUCGUACGCACAGCUCCGUGCUACCUUCCAGGAAUACGCUAAACUGGCCAACAAAGACAUUGAUGACACGCUGAAGAGCGAGAUGUCAGGCGACAUUCUCAAGGGCAUGUUGGCCAUCGUGCGCUGUAUACGGGGCAAGCCAUCACACUUUGCCGAUGAGUUGUAUAAGUCGAUGAAGGGUCUUGGGACUGAUGAUGACCGUCUGUGCCGAAUCCUCGUGUCGCGAUGUGAAGUGGACAUGGUCCAGAUCAAAGAGGCCUUCCAGCAAGCCUACAAACAGACGCUUGGCAUGUUUAUUGCUGACGACGUGUCUGGUGAUUACAAGGACCUGAGUUUGGCUCUGAUUGGUGAGGGCUCAACCAGUGGUAAAGAUUCCACAGAAAAGAAAAGCAAAAAGGGAUGGUUUUAAUCAAAGGACUCUGGUAAAGAAUGGGUGUCCUUUGUGUUUUUAACUGAAGAAUGAAUGGACAGUUUCAGCAUGAAAGACAAACUUUAUUAUCUCUGGUGUUCAGAGGGAGUUAUUAGGUUCAACUUGCCUUGCUUUUAAAAGAUAUCCAUAGUUUUUAGCAUGAUUAUGAUAUAUUUUAUGCUGUGUGGGACUAGUUUGCUUUUAAAUGGCAAUAGACGCUAAUGAACUUCAUUUUGGUUUUAAGGGUUUCAAGAUAGGAAAAUAAUGGGAGUAGUGAAUAAUAAGAUUAUUGUAAGAGUAUGUAGUUAGGAAAUGGACAAAUUGAUGCUGAUAGAGGUUAGGGGUCACAAAAUAUUUCUGCUUACCCUUUAUGUAUUUAUAUGUUGAAUAGCCUUAAGAUGUAUUUAAUUAAUAUAAUAAAUAUGUAAUGUAAAUAUUGCAUAUUGUUACAGGUUGAUCAAAUUAGCUGUGAUUAAGCAUACAACUGCCCAAAUUGUAAGGUUUAAAUCCAUUUCUAUCAUUUGUUAAACUUGACUUAAGAGAGGUAGCAUCCACGAUACUCCAGGGGUUACGCUCACCUCCGCUCUCUACACCCCUGGAAUAUUUCAUAGCAAAAUCGAAGGCACAA